UUUAUGAAGUUGCUGUCUGCAAAGAUCGUUGUCGCCAUCCAGUCUCGUGGAAACGUGUGUGAUUUGAGAGAGACAGGCUGAUGAAGCGGGACCCGCGUCAUUGUGCUGAUUCGGACCAACAGGCGCUAGUCCGGCUGCCUUAAUCCUUAAACGUGGCUCCCGGACCAAGAAAUAUUGACGGGUAUCAGCAAUCAUUUCACCACCUCACUCUCGAUAUCAUCUAAGCUGACCCUGGACUUCAUGAAAUACCCGCGACAGUCGCAGAUCAAGCAAUCACUGUGCCUGGGCAGUGUUUAUGUUCAUGUUCUUCACGAUCAUCUAUCAGCAUCACCAACCAAUUCCCAACGAUCCAUCGCGCAACCUGCGAAAUCCGAACUCAACCGGUGUUGACGCGGCCAUAACAAAUGCACGCCAUACGGCAGAAAUGUCGCCCAAAGCAUCAAGUCCUCAUACUGAAAUGCUAUCCCAAGACUACAAAAGGAGCGGUUGACGUGAAGCCCAAUUCCAGUGAGCUGAGCUACCUGCUAUACUAUGCCACAACACGCCGAAGCAAGGUGCAGAAAGUGGGCGCGUUUUUAGAGAAGAAGACGGCCAGCGAUGUCUGGCGGGCACGUAUAGGAAAUGUUCAGGUUACGCUCCAAAUCUUGGCUGCCUUGAUAGAGAAGGCACCAAGAGACCUACCUCUCUAUGCGCCUUACGUGCUCAAAAUCCUAAGCAUCAUACUCCGCUCGCGCGAUAUCACUAUGGUCGAGUCUUCUGUUGCGACAUUCGAGGCUUUCUGCGAGAAUCAUGACGGAGCGUCUCUUUCGGCAGACCAGGAAUAUCUACACCAGUAUGAAGAAAUUGUCCGGAUGUAUGCCUCCUUUGCUUCUACAAGACAGCAACCAGGAAAACAACCCAUUAGUGCUCCAGUAGCUAUGCGAUGGAGAAAUGUGGGAUUGGAAGCCAUUAAGAGCGUUGCCUCGUCUGAAGCCUUGGCAUCACUUGCAGGGAGACAAUUGAAUGUGAUAGUGCCGAUUUUACUCGAAAACUUGUGGACCGAUAACGAAGAUUUUGUUGACGUUCUUGAGCACCGAGUACAGUUGGAGGAGAAAAUAGAUACCGAGAAGCUAUUGCGACGGCGAACGAGUGUCGCAACUGUACGAACGGCUGAGACUGCCACGGAAGCAAAUGCUGCGGCCCUUUCUGGAACUACUGCAGAUGCGGAUAAAGUGGCAGAAGAAGACAUAGGGGUGCUAGCUAUGCAGUGUCUGAAACAGAUCUUUGUGGUCAACAACCGGUCUCAAAUUCAUGGAGCUACGUUGGCGACACUAAGAUUCAUCGCGGAACGAGUUUCUCAGCACGAGCAGGUUAUCGACGAGAAGUCGAAUACAGGGCACUGGAGAGGAUGGGCGACCAGAGUCUAUGAGUUGAUUUCUCGAUGGACACCAGUCCAGGAUCGAUAUGUCAUUCUUGUAACCACGAUGGAUACCUUGACUCGUGCGGAUAUUGCUGAACAAAGCUUGCAACAACAAUUAGUUUUGGCGACGAUGAUUGAUUCUCUUCUCAAGUCGGACAUUAAUCUUAUCGGGUUGAGUGUUAUGGAUGUGCUACUUGGCUUGAUACAACAAGUUUUGAAGCUACUUCAAUUGGAUACCCAACAAGGCAAUGGAUCGUCGGCGAACCAAGACAUAUCUGGAAGCACGACUUCUGUAGGAGCUGCAAUGGCACCAACUGAAUUGAGAAGAGAAGUCACAAUCAGGUUGCAAGAGUGUAUAGGCGAUUUGGCAACUCACGUCUACUAUGCGGAUCAAAUAUCAGACAUGGUUGCUGCCGUCCUGCUGAGACUAAAACCGCCAACGAUGUCCAGUAUCCCAAAUGCAGUGGCUGCGAUUGAGAAUCCAAAUGGUGCUACAGCAGCCAUCGCUUCUUCUGGAAACCUCGCUGAAGACCCCACUACGGAUGGAUUCUUCUCCUUUGACACCGCAAAGCUCAUGGCGCUAGAGGCUAUCAAAGCUAUAAUCACUGUCGCAAGUCACACAAAUGCGCUCACUGGCGUUGGAAGUUUGGGUAGAAACAGAGUUCCCGUGCGGGUCUGGGAAGGAACGCAAUGGCUAUUGAGAGAUAGUGAUGGAAGAGUUCGAAAAGCUUACGUCGAUGCUUUGCUCACGUGGCUAGAGAAGGAGAUGACUCGAGCUGAUCUUCGUGUUUUUGAAGAAAAGUCUAAAGCACUGUCCAAAGGCAAUCGGAACGAUUCUGCGACCAACUUGACGAAACGUGCAGUAUCCAAUGCUUCCCACCGAGAGAAGCCAGUGAAGCAUUCUCGGACCACAUUUCUACAAUUGCUUCAUCUUGCUGUUUACGAAAACGCAAUCCAGUACGUGGAAUACGAAGAAGACAUUGUCCUUCUACAUCUCUUGCUUGCCAAGCUUGUCGAAAAUCUUGGUGUCAAUGCCGUGCGAAAUGGUUUACCCAUGAUCUUCCGCCUCCAAGAAGAUAUAUUGGACGCAGAUACUCCCAUUGCCAAGAUCAGAAUGGGCAGUCUGUGUCAUGGGUAUUUCUGGGUCUUGAGUGAGAAGUUUGACUUCGACACUUCCCCAAUCGGCAGAGCAAUCCAAAACGAGAUCCGCCGGCGUCAAAAUAAAUUGUUCUGGAUUGAUAGAGUGCGCUGCCCUCCCAUUGGUCUUGGGAAGAUAGGGACUCCUGGCGAGAGCUUUCCACCUCGGGCGUUGCCACUUGAAGAAAUUGAAACGGAAGCACUGCGGCCAUUCGAUGAUCGAUAUCAGAUGGUCACCCUAAUCGCUCUAUCGUACUCAGCCAACUUGGCGACGCCACCACCUAGUGCACCCACGUCUCCUGGCCGUAGCUUCAGCCAUCCCAUCUUAGGAACGACAGGUACGGCCAGUGAAAACACACACACUAUUCCAGAGAAGGUCAAAGACCAAAUGAUGUCAGAGUGGAGCAGGGACUUCGUGAUCGCUGUUGCUCAGGAAGGGAGUAAGACAGUCUCGCUCAAUGGCUCCAGAUCCGGCACAAACAUCACUUCUGGACAUCGCAAUUUCCUCCAUGUCAACGGGAACCAGAAUGGAGUCACGAACAGCGGAUCUCAAUCGCCGAAAGGGCAUGGCAACGUCGAUACUCGUGGUAGACCGAGCUCUUCUGCGUACGGUCUUGUCGGUGGUCUUGGAGCUUUGCAGAAGCUCAGAAAAGCCAAUGGUCAAUCUUUGGGCCCAGCAAGCGACUCGAGCCGCGGUUCUGUCACUCGCGUUGAUGCGCUGAAGAGAGUGCUUUCAGGUCAGCAAAGCAGUGCACCUGGGACCAGAAUGGGUGUUCAUAGCGAUGCUAGCAGCGAGAGUAUGGUCAGUUAUGACUUCACCGCUUCAGAGGUGUCUUACAACCCUCCGAUGCCAAAUGUACCGCUUGUGGAGCGUUCGGCUUCCAUGCGUGGGUCGAACGAAAGAUCCAGAUCAAAAUCUCGCGACAGAGUUGCCAGUGCUGGGGAGCAUUCCCGCCCCCUUUCAUCUCAUCCAGUACUGCUCGCAGACUCGAGUGUGCCUCGAGAGUCUGAUGAAGAUCUCGAUGCAGUUCCUCCUGUACCACCUCUUCCAUCGUCACUUACUGGUGAGGGGACUGCAAACACGGACCUUGGAGCAGGAGACACGCUACGGAAAGGUCGAAGCGUCAAACGGUCAGAGAAGGGCAGACCUAACCUCAUUUACCAAGGUUCGUCCUCAUGGGGCAAUGACGGUACGCCGGUCAUGGAUUUGGAAAGCUUGUUGAAGGGAAUCGAUGCUAGUGGGGCGGAUCAGAGGGGCAAUGUAGCCAAGCCACCUUACUGAAGGGAAGGGUAUCUUGAUACUGCACAUAUCUGGAAAAAUGGCGGUGGUACUUCAAAGAUGUGUAUUAUUAUUAUUAGAUGGGCAGAGCGUGGCG